AUGGGAAGGCCAAAAAAGGCCGGGAAGACAAAGCCUUCCAAAAGGUCAGUGGAGGAACAAGAAAGGUCAGCCCCUCUAGAGACUGUCGAAGUGGUUUCUCGGGAAAAUGAAACUAUGCCAGAAACUCAGCAGGCAGAAAGGGAGGGUGAACAACAUUUGAAUGAGUUGGAGAAUGAAGAAGUUCAGCCCCCGAAUGAUGACAUAGCUUUUGAAGAGGAUGUGAACCUAAACCAGGGGGCUCACUAUACUGGGGAGGUUCUUCAGCUCAAAAGAAGAAUGGCAGAGGUCCUGGAAUAG